UCUCUCUCUCCCCUGUCCUAUAUAUACCCCCGUCGAGCACCGGCUCAGCGAAGAGUUAAGCAGCCGAGGCGCACAUUCCACAGCCCCAGCAGUUCGUCCAAGCUCGAGCACAACACUCGAUCGCGGCUUAACUGUCUCCGGUCCAGCUCGUCGAUCGUACGUACCUUUCCUAGCUUCUCGAUCCCGUGUGGGGUAGCUCGUGUCCUCCUGCUAGUCGAUCACCGUGUGUAAUGGCUGUAGCGCCAUGAACCAUCAAGCUAGCUAGUGGCUGCCCAUGCCUUCCUCUCGCCAUCGCUGCCAUGCACGAUCGAGAUCGGCCAGCCACGAGACGUCGUCGGCCAUCCGUAGCAUUCCCAUGAGCAGUGCUCGUGCUUUGUCCUCGGCCGUUUAAUUCUUCCAUCCGUCUCCUCUCCUCUCCUCGUUUAAUUGGCUAGCUAGCUAUGUUCCCGUCGUGUUCGUCUGCUUUGCGUGCCGAGACGCGGCUCGGGCCGGCAGCCGGUGUGCGUGUGCAUACUGCAUAGCCGUCGGGUUGCCUUUUUCUGUGCCCACUUUUACUCACUCUUUCACUGUUCCAUAGGCAGGUGUCACGCAGCGAUGGCGGACUGCAUGCAGGAGUGGCCGGAGCCGAUUGUGCGCGUGCAGGCGGUCGCGGAGAGCGGCCUGGCCGCCAUCCCGGACUGCUACGUCAAGCCGCCGCGCGACCGCCCGGCGCAGCAGCACCUGGCCGCCGGCGGCGACAACGUCCUCCGCGAGCCCUCCGACGACAGCAUUCCGGUCAUCGACCUCGGCGAGCUGCUCGCGGCCGGCGAGGGCCGCAUCGACGGCCUGAUCACCGAGGCCGUGGCGGCGGCGUGCCGGGACUGGGGGUUCUUCCAGGUGGUGAACCACGGGGUGGCGCCGGAGCUGAUGCGCGCGGUGCGGGAGGCCUGGCGCGGCUUCUUCCGGCUGCCCAUCUCGGCCAAGCAGCAGUACGCGAACCAGCCGCGGACGUACGAGGGGUACGGCAGCCGCGUCGGCGUCCAGAAGGGCGGGCCCCUCGACUGGGGGGACUACUACUUCCUCCACCUCGCGCCGGAGGCCGCCAAGAGCCCGGAUAAGUACUGGCCGACCAACCCCGCCAUCUGCAAAGAGGUGUCGGAGGAGUAUGGGCGGGAGGUGACGAGGCUGUGCGAGGUGCUGAUGAAGGUGCUGUCGGCGAGCCUGGGGCUGGAGGAGGCGAGGUUCCAGGAGGCGUUCGGCGGGGCGGAGUGCGGCGCGUGCCUGCGCGCCAACUACUACCCGCGGUGCCCGCAGCCGGACCUCACGCUCGGCCUCUCGGCGCACUCCGACCCGGGCGUCCUCACCGUGCUCCUCGCCGACGAGCACGUCCGCGGCCUGCAGGUCCGCCGCGCCGACGGCGAGUGGGUCACCGUGCAGCCCGUCCGCGACGACGCCUUCAUCGUCAACGUCGGCGACCAGAUCCAGUUUUGCAGAUAUUGAGCAACUCAGUGUACAAGAGCGUGGAGCACCGGGUGAUCGUGAACGCCAAGGAGGAGCGCAUCUCCCUCGCGCUCUUCUACAACCCCAAGGGCGACGUCCCGAUAGCGCCGGCGCCGGAGCUGGUGACGCCGGACCGGCCGUCCCUCUACCCGCCGAUGACCUUCGACGAGUACAGGGUGUACAUAAGGAAGAACGGGCCCAGGGGCAAGGCGCAGCUGGAGGGCUUCAA